UAAUAUAUAAUAUAUAAUAUAUAAAUAUAUAUAAGUUUGUUGUUGGUUGUGUUUGAGGUUUGACCGAACAAUUGAAUUCCAUUUGAUGUUUUGAUUUGAUUGAUGCCAGUCUUUGUGUUGUUUUAGCGUAUACUCUAUGGUUUGGUACUUGUCCCUCCCUCGAAUAUAGCGUCACCCGAUUAUUAAUUCUUUUUAUUUUUUUAUUUUAUAUCCGACAUACAUAUAUCACCGAAGACACAAGCUAAAAAUAGCUUACCCAUGAAACUUGAUCACCGUCAAGGUUUAUAUAUCACUUCAGUAGCUUCUUUCUUAUUAUUGUGUUAAUAUUUUGUGGUUUUGUAUUUGCUUUGGGAAAAUAAAUUGUGGGUAAUUAGUGAAUUUGUAUGAAUUUGGGAAAAUGGGUGGGUUGUGUUCAAGGAGAUCCACCGAAGAUAAUAUUGAAAAUGGUGGAUUUCCUCAUGUUAAUGGACUUAAUUAUGGUUCGGGUAUGGUUUAUCAAUCUAGAGGGGUAUCUGUCGAACAACAACGAGCAAAUGUGAAUGUUGAUGAGAAUGAUGAUUCUAGUUCUACUGGGAAAAGGGUGGAGAAUAGCAGGAAGUUGAGAGAGCCAUUUACGUUUCCGGAGAUGACUGCUGCUUCGUAUGCGUUGGAUGAUAACGAUGGGAUUCCUAGAUUGUCUAGGGCUUUGUCGCAUAAAUCAAGAUCCACCAAGACCAAUUCGGGCGCAGUUACUAAGGUUUCAGAAGUUAGUUCAAUUUUGGGUAAAGCUGGGACCGCUGGUCUUGGAAAAGCCGUAGAAGUGCUGGAUACACUUGGUAGCAGCAUGACAAGCUUACAUGUCAGCAGUGCAUUUGUUUCAGGGGCAGCAGCAAAAGGAAAUAAAAUAUCAAUUUUGUCGUUUGAAGUAGCGAACACAAUUGUUAAGGGUGCCAAUCUUAUGCAAUCUCUUUCAAAGGAUAACAUAAAGCAUCUAAAAGAGGUAGUGCUGCCUUCAGAAGGUGUGCAACUCUUAAUCUCAAGAGACAUGGAUGAGCUCUUGAGAAUUGCUGCGGCUGAUAAACGGGAAGAAUUAAAAAUCUUUUCUGGAGAAGUGGUUCGUUUUGGAAAUCGCUGCAAAGAUCCUCAAUGGCACAACCUGGAUCGAUAUUUUGAAAAAUUGGGAUCAGAACUUGUUCCCCCGAAGCAACUGAAAGAAGAGGCCGAAACUAUCAUGGAGCAAUUGAAAAUUCUGGUUCAGUAUACUGCCGAAUUAUACCAUGAAUUUCAUGCCCUGGACAGGUUCGAACAAGAUUUUCGCCGAAAGCAACAAGAAGAGGAGAACCCUAACGCUCCUCCAAGAGGGGACAGCCUCAAUAUCCUGAGAGCUGACUUAAAGAGUCAAAGGAAGCACGUGAGAAGUUUGCAGAAGAAGUCACUCUGGAACAAAAUUUUGGAAGAGGUGAUGGAACAACUUGUAGACAUUGUCCAUUUCUUAUACAUGGAGAUUCACAAUGCUUUUGGAACUGCUGAUACACAAAUACCAGUAAAAAGCAACCGUCAAAAAUUGGGAGCAGCUGGUCUUGCACUACACUAUGCUAAUGUUAUUACUCAAAUUGAUACGCUAGUUACUCGCUCAAGUUCCGUACCUCCAAGUACUAGAGAUUCAUUGUACCAAGGACUUCCGCCUAAUGUUAAGUUAGCAAUGCGCUCCAAAUUACAUUCAUUUCAGCCAAAAGAAGAGCUUACCAUCCCCGAAAUUAAAGCAGAGAUGGAGAAAACUUUACAAUGGCUAGUUCCGAUAGCUACAAACACAACCAAAGCUCAUCACGGAUUUGGAUGGGUUGGAGAAUGGGCAAAUAUGGGAUCCGAGGCAAACCGGAAGCCUUCUUGCCCGGUUGACUCAUUACGAAUUGAGACUCUCCACCAUGCAGAUAAAGAAAAAACAGAAGAAUGUAUCCUUGAAUUAGUAGUUUGGCUUCAUCACCUUGUUUGCCAAUCAAAGGCCAUAAAUGGUGGAAUGCGAUCACCCGUUAAGUCCCCAAUUCGUUCCCCAAAUAAAACAGGAAUCCAAUUUUCAUCAAACAAACCUAAUUCUCCUUUGCCAUCACUCACAAGCGAAGACCGGGAGAUGCUUCGGGAUGUAAGCAAAAGAAAAUUGACCCCAGGAAUAAGCAAAAGUCAAGAAUUUGAUACCCGAGACAGGUUACGCAAGCACCACAGGCUUACAAAGAGCAGUAGUCAUUCCCCUACACGGGAAAUUAAGCGAGACCCGUUUCCGAUCAAGAGACCGUCAUUGGUUCCGGUUAUUAGUUUUCAUAUUGAUAGGAUUAAAGCUAUGGAUGUUAUAGACCGGGUAGAUGAUAUUCGAAGCGUGUAAGUAAAUCAACAAUAUAUUGAGGAGUUCUCUUAUAUAUCAACAAUAUAAGUAGUGGUGCUGAACCAAGAUGUAUGGAAUUGAGUUGAUCUUGGUUGGAUAGAUUUUUGGUUAUUUAGAGAUUGCAUUUUGCAUAUGAGAGUCAAGUAGUGUCGUAUGUACAGAAAUAUGCAGUUUCUGUCUCAUAAUUGGAAAGUUUUAUGUUCAUCCUUUUACAGUAUCA